AAAGCUUAGCCAAGUUUUGUUUCGCAAGAAUGACUACGGAUGAGGGAAUGGGCACUGGAGCCACCAAUCCAGCCCCUUCUUCCCUUUGAGGAAGCAUUAAUGACCCUGAAAUGAGAAGCCAAAGCUCUUACCAGCCCCUCUUCACUCCUACUCUUUGUCCCUAGGCAAAACAGGAACCACAAACCCCAGCUUCCUCUCACAGAGUGGCUGUGGCUUAGGGGGAGCCGGAAAUGGCUGAGGUGUGAAUACAAGACCUGAGUCACUUGAGUGCAGUUGCCACACGCCCCCUCCCCCCGUCCCCAAUUCUGAGGGCUCCUGCUCCCAUGUUUUUCUUUAUGGCCUCCCCCCUUGCCCUUCAGCUCCAAAUAUGCACCUGAGUCCCCUGUGUGAUGCACACCCAUUUCCCAGCCAGGGCUGGAAGCUGCUCUGUGCACUGCGGAGGGUGGGCAGGGCCUGAACAGGGGAUGCGUCAGGGAGACACAGGGGAAGAGGAAGUAUCUUGGGCCCCCGGGGAAGACUGGCUUGUCUCGGUGGGUGGGGACGGUCAUUUGUCAGCUUUCUGGACACACAGACAGAGACAGACAGGAUGGAUUUCCUCCGGCUACAUCUCCCUAGGCUGCAUCAGGCCUUGCGGGGAGCACUGGAUUCCCUCAGCUCCUUUGUCUCCUACCUUAUGGAAGCUGAGGUCCCCACUGCAGAGAGGAAGGAGGCGAGGGCAGCUGAGGAGCUGGGGGAGGUGGCUGCAGGAAGGCCAGGGAAGCCUGAAGAGAAGGAAGCCCAGGAGGCCUUGGAGGGCCUUGGAGGCAGCCCAAAUCAGGAGGCUGGAGGGCUGAGAGGGCCCGGGGAGGCUGGAAGACGCCAGGAGGGAAGUUCAGCAACAGAACAGACCUGGGGUUGGGAAGAAGGCAGUUCCCAUGGGUCUCAGGCAGACAGACAGGACACUGGGGUCUGGGCAGCAGCCGAGGCUGCCAGGUGCCAGGAGCCAAGGGCCCACUUAGAGGCCAGAAAGGAGUCCAAGGCAGGGUCUGAGGCUGGUCGAGACAAUAGCAGUCAAGCCCGGGAGAGUCAAGGGCCCAAUGAGCAGGAAGUGAACAGAGAGGAGACACCGAGAACCUGGGAACAGGAGGAGGAGGCGGAAGAGGGCAGGGAAAGAAAACCAGAGGUGGCCAGGAAGGUGGAGUCAGAGUGGACCUGGCACUGGGAGCCUGAGGGGGAGGUAGGUGCUGAUGGACAAAAGGUAGCAGGGGACAGCAGGGGGUUGUUAGAGCAAACGGUCAAGGAGACAGUUGCAGAGGAGAUCCAGGGGUCUGGAGCCAAAGAGACCGGGAAGGAAGAAGAGGUGAUGGGGGUCCUAAGGGGUAGCCAAAGCACAAGGGCACAGGAAGCACAGGAGUCAGGGACAGAAUCUGAGGAUGGGACAACCUCAGGCAGGGAGGAGGACGGGACAGCCUCAGGCAGGGAGGAGGACGGGACAGCCUCAGGCAGGGAGGAGGAUGGGACAGCCUCAGGCAGGGAGGAGGACAGCAAGGCCUCAGACAGGGAGGAGGACAGCAAAGCCUCAGACAGGGAGGAAGCCAGGACAGUCUCAGGCAAGGAGGAGGCUGGGACAUCCUCAGGCAGGGAGGAGGACGGGACAACCUCAAGCAGAGUGGAGGAUGGCACAGCCUCAGACAGGGAGGAAGCUAGGACAGUUUCAGGCAAGGAGGAGGCUGGGACAUCCUCAGGCAGGGAGGAGGACAGGACAGCCUCAGGCAGGGAGGAGGAUGGGACGACCUCAAACAGAGUGGAGGACAGCACAGCCUCAGAGAGUGGGGAGGACGGCACAGCCUCAGGCAGGGAGGAGGACGGGACAGCCUCAGGCAGGGAGGAGGACGGGACAACCUCAAGCAGAGUGGAGGAUGGCACAGCCUCAGACAGGGAGGAAGCCAGGACAGUUUCAGGCAAGGAGGAGGCUGGGACAUCCUCAGGCAGGGAGGAGGACGGGACAGCCUCAGGCAGGGAGGAGGACGGGAUGACCUCAAACAGAGUGGAGGACAGCACAGCCUCAGAGAGUGGGGAGGACGGCACAGCCUCAGGCAGGGAGGAGGACGGGACAGCCUCAGUCAGGGAGGAGGACGGGACAGCCUCAGAGAGUGGGGAGGACGGCACAGCCUCAGGCAGGGAGGAGGACGGGACAGCCUCAGUCAGGGAGGAGGACGGGACAGCCUCAGGCAGGGAGGAGGACGGGACAACCUCAAGCAGAGUGGAGGAUGGCACAGCCUCAGACAGGGAGGAAGCCAGGACAGUUUCAGGCAAGGAGGAGGCUGGGACAUCCUCAGGCAGGGAGGAGGACGGGACAGCCUCAGGCAGGGAGGAGGACGGGAUGACCUCAAACAGAGUGGAGGACAGCACAGCCUCAGGCAGGGAGGAGGACGGGACGACCUCAAACAGAGUGGAGGACAGCACAGCCUCAGAGAGUGGGGAGGACGGCACAGCCUCAGGCAGGGAGGAGGACGGGACGACCUCAAACAGAGUGGAGGACAGCACAGCCUCAGAGAGUGGGGAGGACGGCACAGCCUCAGGCAGGGAGGAGGACGGGACAGCCUCAGUCAGGGAGGAGGACGGGACAGCCUCAGGCAGGGAGGAGGACGGGACAACCUCAAGCAGAGUGGAGGAUGGCACAACCUCAGACAGGGAGGAGGCCAGGACAGUUUCAGGCAAGGAGGAGGCUGGGACAUCCUCAGGCAGGGAGGAGGACGGGACAGCCUCAGGCAGGGAGGUGGACAGCACAGCCUCAGAGAGUGGGGAGGACAACACAGCCUCAGGCAGGGAGGAGGACGGGACAACCUCAAGCAGGGAGGAGGACGGAAUAGCCUCAGGCAGGGAGGAGGACGGGACAACCUCAGGCAAGGAGGAGGACAGCACAGCCUCAGGCAGGGAGGAGGAGGAGGAGGAUAGAACAGCCUCAGGCAGGGAGGAGGCUGGAAUAACUUUAGUCAGGGUAGAGGCCAGGACAACCUCAGUUGGGAAGGAGGGUGACCUCUCAGGAGCCAGGAAGAGAGAAUAUGGGGAAGUCUCAGGAGAAAGGAUCUCAGAGGGCACUGGGAGGGCCUGGGCAUUCGAGGAGGCCUCCAGGGGAGACCAGGAGGAGGAAAUGGAUGAGAAUAGAGAGGCUGAGAUGAGCUUUUCCCCCAAAGAAACCCAGUCCCUGGGAACUAAGGGCACAGAAGAAGCAACUAAGGACCAGACAGCAGCGGGGGAGGCUGCAGAAGGCCAUGGGUCAGAGGGGGAGGUAGGGGAGGGCUUUGAGAUCCAAGCAGAUCAGGAAGGGAAAGUGGCUGAGGGGAGGCAAGCCUCAGCGAUCAGGACUGUUCCAGCCAGUCCGGAGGAGGUGGUGGAGGCAGAGAGGACCAAAGAGGAGGAAGAGGGUUGCUGGGCCUCAGAGGCUGAGUUGCCCAAGGACGACAUGACAAAUGAGGCUGAAGGGGAUGCUGACCUGGAAGCAACCCUAGAGACCAGCAGUCCUGAGAAGGAGUUCGGCGGGGAGAGGAGUGAGGGGGAGGCUCAGACAGGCGGAGAAGCACAGAGGGUGGAGUGGGGUGGCCUUGAGCACGAAAUCACUGAAGGCCAAGAACCUGAGCUGAUGGCAGGCCCCCAGACCCUGACAGAGCAGCCCGAGGAAGGACAGGGGGGUGAGGAAGAGCUCUGGGGUGUUUCAGCUCUGAGCAAAGAGGAGAUGGAAGGGAGCCUGGAGGAAUACCCCAGGAAAGUGGGAGAUGUAAAGCCUGAUGCCCCUGGGGCAGAAGUCUGGGAGAACCAGAGAAGGGAUGUGGAGGGAGGGGAUACCCAGGAAGAAAAAGCAGAUACUGAAGAGGGGGAGGAGGAGGCUGCAGGAGGCCAGGCCCCGAAGGAGGCCCAGGGAGGCCGAGAGUCUGCGCUCCCAGAUGUCCCGGAGGCAGGCGGGGAGUGGAAGAAAGCCCAGGACGCAGGGUACGGGGCAGAGGAGGGAGACACCCUUGGAGCAGAGAGCCAGGAGCUGGGUGGAAGGCAUGGGGCAGACGCAGGGACAGGUCAGUCGCUGGGAGAGUCAGAUGCUAGAGAAACCGAGGAUGCGGAGGUGGAGGCCACAGUGCCCUGGGGGGCAGACACAACAUCCAGUGGAGACUGGAGGCUGGAGGAGGCCGCUCGGAGCCUCCAGGACAGCGAGGACCCAGGGGUCAGUUCUUUGGCUGCUGAGAUAGUGAGGGAUAAGGUAGCUCUGGUUGGAAGGGCUGCUGGAGCUGGGGGAGGGCUCGAAAGAGAGGCUGGGGAAGCUGGGGACUCCAAAGGGAAGCAGGAGGCUGGGGGAGGCGUGGAGCUGGUAGAGGCUACAUGGGGAGAAAACCGAGGUGGGCCGGAGUUUGGCCUGGCGGGCUCUGCAGACGAGGAGGUGGCUGGCAGAGGGGGCCAAGCCGAGGCUUUGGAGGCCAGAGAGGGUGAGCCCGGGGGAGAGUGGGUGGAGGUCAGGGAGCCUGCGGCGGCAGAAGGAAGCUGUGAGAUGGGUGGCUUUAUCUCGGGCUCCCAGGUGGCGAAGGCAGAGGGCACCGUGGCCACAGUGGAGGCCGAGGGGCUCCCAGGAGGGCAGACGCUGUUGGAAGAGGAGGCUGUGGGAUGGCAAAUGAAGGAGCAGGGGCGGGGCAGGGAGGGGCAAUGUGGGGACCACCACCCCGAGGGAGAGGCAAGAAGGCCCCUUGAUGUGGAGGAUGUUGCGGUGACUGAAGACCGGAGAGCACAGGCCGAGGAGAUUGUUCCCGAAGGCCCGGAGGACGUCCAGGGCCCGGAGGACCAGUCAACACACCAGGAGCCUGCAGAGGCCGAGCGUGGGCCCCACGGGGAGACGGCAGCAAGUGCCGGCCAGGGUGCGGGCACCAGCUGGAGUGAGGCCCUGCUCCCUGGGUCUCUCCUGGACGUCUCUGUGCCCCGGAGCCGUGUGCUCCUGUCUCGCAACUCCUCACUGCGCCGCUCCCGGCCCUCUUUCCGACGGACCGGCGCCCCUGAGCAGCAGGGGGAGCCUCCUCGCCCCCCACCCGAGGAAGAGAUGUCAGCUCGCGAGCAGAGACUUCUCCAGCCAGAGGAGCCCCCAGAGCCCAGCCCCCCAAAGCCUGAGGGGACCCCACUGCCAGCCAGGAGAAGGCCGCUGGGACAUGGGUUUGGUCUUGCACACACCGGCAUGAUGCAGGAGCUGCAAGCCCGGCUGGGCCAGCCAAAGCCGCAGGGAGGGCCCUGAGCCCCCGGGAGCCCGACUCCAAGUGAGGCUCAGAGGGAUCCUCCAAACCCUGCGCGGCCUGUCUCCCUCUGCCACUUUGGACAUACCCUUUCCACCCUCUGGGCCUCAGGUUCUCAGUGUGUCAUUCUCGGAACAGACCGAACCAGACGCCUGUGAGGACCAUGAACUUGAGGAGCAUGACUCGGCAAUGUGGCCGACAGACUCCCUGCCCACUGGGACCGCCUCUCACGGCCUGUCCUGACCGCCUCUCUCACCUGUCUCGGCCGCCUGGAGGACCAAGGGGACGAGACAGUUCUUCCCGCAGCCUUCCCUCCUGGACUGCUCCCAGUCCCCCACCCGGGGCCUUCUGGAAAGCUGUGGAACAGCACCCAAACCUCGGGGGUGGGAGCUAGCCCAGAAGAAGGGGGUCAGCAGGGCCUACAAGCCCCAUUUGCAGUGGGAGGUGGGUGGGAAACAGAUGGUCAGCGGCCCUGAGCUUUCAAAAACUCACAACUCUGCUGGUUACUAUGGCACCCACCGGCCCAGCAAGCCAGAAUGGAGGAAGGUACCCAGGAGCCCCCAGAAUUUAGGAGCAGAAAGGGGCCCAGGGUGGCCAGAGGCUACAGAUUCUUGUCCCUUGGGAGUCAGGUACCCCUUCUCUGAAAAGAAGCUGAGGCCGAGGGAGGGUGAGAGUGCUUUAUUGGGCACCCCGCACGGUGGCCUAGCCCGAGGACAGCUAGCAGGCUCUGAAACAAUAAAUAAACCAUCAUUUCCCUAAACAAUAAAUAAAUAUCCAAGAAAUAAAUAUCUGCCAGG